GUGUUGGAGGCACGAACCCUUUGUUUACUCACGUGACAAAUGUUUGCAAAUGCAUCACUGCUGUGAUUUGUAUCUUCACCCUUCCUACAUUCGCUGGAUAUUUCAAAAUGAUUACAACGAAAAUAUGCAUUUGCAGCAUUUUUGUUUAAACUUAGUGGUGGAGUUAUUUGUCUCGGAUAAGUGAUAGUCGACGGAGGUGCGCCAUGAAAGCUUACGUGAUCGUGAGAGAUGACACUGAAGUUCAAUUUGUAUGGCAUGACGAUGAAUUUCUGAACAGGUUGAAGUAUUUAUGUCAGAAUCAAGAGGACGUGGCUCAGCUGUCAAAGGCUCCCAAUGAAAAUCUGCAUUGCAUUAAGCAGUUACUGAAUCCAAUUUUUCUCGCUUAUUUUUUGCUCCAAACAAAAUUUAAUGAUACAUGUUCAGUAAUAUCAUGCAAAAAGGUCGGUUGUGAGAUACUAUUUCAGCAGCGUGGUGAUCUUCUGUAUUUGGGUUUUUAUAAAAUGUGUGAAGUUGGUCAAUAUAAAAUGAAGAAAGAACUUAGUGUAUUACAUGAAAUGACAAAAUUUUUAUUUGGACCUUGUCGACAAUAUAUCAAUCCUGAAAAUCCAAUUGACAGAAGCAGAACUUGGGCCAAACUGACGGAAGCUUUGCAUUCAUUUUGUCGAUUGCAUCAAAGCGAACCAAGUUUUUUAGUUGGUUGUAUAGAUACUCUACAUGUUAAUGAAGAUGUCAAAUCUGAAUGUUUAAACAUUGUGGAUAAACGUUUAGGAAUACUUGAACAAAAUCUUAAGAAUGAGAGAGUUACAUUUGGUGUUUUAUUUGUUGGCAACAAACUUCUUACAUAUCACCCGAGUACAAAAUAUAAACAUAAACUAUCCACUGGGGAUUUGUUGAGAAUACUCAUUGUUAUCAAUUCAAAUUAUAGAGAAAUUGAAGAACUUGCAUCUGCAUAUGAAGCUUCAUCUGCCAAUGACGCUUUUGAUCUCCCUUAUUCUGACGCUACACUAGAGCCUGAUGAUCCAUCCGGAGAUGAUAGUGAAAAAACUGAUUGUGGAACAUUAACUGCUAUAGAAAAAUCUCCUCCUAUAUCAAGUUCAAGCCUUGAUGUCCCAAUACCAACUAUUGAAAUUACUUCAACUGACGAAGUUUUCCAAGAGCCGAAUGAUGAGAGUAGUACUGCUGAUCAAUUGCACCAAAAUAAAACAAAAUUGAAGCAUUCUCAGUCAGACUCAGUAUUGAGAUCUCGUUCAAAUACCGCAUAUGAAAAUUUCAUUCCGAUUUUGAAAAAUGUAGCAGAUGGAAGUGAGGAUUCUGCUGAGACUUCUUCACUUCAUGUACAUAGUCGUAGAACUCUGCAUUCAACUGGAUCAAAAAGUUUUCCUGAUUCAAUUCCAAUAGUUGCUGGAAGAGAUAUUCUUGAUAAAGUUGAUCCUAGAGACAUUCAAACAUAUCCAGUUUUUCUACAUACAGCAUCUUGUCGUCUCACACCAUUUCUAAUGCAUAAUGUGAAGAUUGCUGAUCAAGUUAAAUUUAUAGUGCUUUCAGAGAUGAAAGGUGGUGAUAUUGCGAGCAUUAUAUGUAAAUCACUUAAUUUUCUGAGAAAAAUUAAAUUUAAUUAUGACUCUGCUGCCACUGCUGGACAAAUCCAAAAAGCAACAGUAAGCGUUAAUGGGGAUCAAAACGUUUUGGAUGAACUCCUGAAAUUUAAUAAAGAUUUAAAAAUGAAACUCAGGCCUAAGCACUCAGAUCAACAUGUAAACAAAAUAUUUAAAUUUUGGGAAGCGGUUUUGAAGCAAUUAUUUGAGUUGAAACAACUCAGUUCUGAUGAUGUUGCAAGAUUAGAACAAGAUGUUGAUGGUCUGACUUCGAAUUUGAGACGAUUAUUCUAUCGUCUGUUCUUGUUGAAACCAAAUAAAUCCAAAAGAGGUUGGAGAGAAGAACUUGCUACACUGAAGAUUAAAAUGCAAGAAAAUCUCAAAGAUUACUAUGAUUUCCUUAUUGUGAAAUCAAGUAAAAAUGUAGGAAUAAGUUGGGUUGCUGAUAAUUAUCCUGGAUUACUUCACUUCAUUGUCAUUAAAAGAUCUAUAACCAAAUCUGACGCCAAUGGAAUGAUGGAUAUGAAUGAAGUAUUUACUUCAUCACAUAUAUCACUCAAUUCAAAUUCUAACGUGGAUGAUGUUCCGGAAGAUAUUAAUAUGGAUGUAGUCACAUUGCUGCAAAGACAGAUUUGGAAAGGCGUGUUGCUUGCCUAUUCUAUGGUAAAUGGUAAAGAUGGAGUGAAAGAAUAUACAGCUGUUGUUGGGGAUUUUUUUUUCUCAUCAUAUUUUUGGGUGAGAUUGAUGGAAAAUCAAACCUCAAGCCAAACUGUUUCAAAUACACUAGCAAAUAUCAAAGCGACUUGGGUUGGAAAAGCCUUCAUUAGUGGGGUUGAAAGUCCUUUUCGCAGAAUUCGUCCCAAUACUGCUGGUCCAUCAAUAUUUUAUGAAUUUCAUCUUGUACAUUUUUCAACUGUUCCAGAAGAAACUGUGAAGGAACAUAAAGUGAAGUUAUGGAAAGAAAUUCGUAAACAAUUAGUGUGAAUUUAUUUGCUUUUCAAAACAGGUUGUCAAUUUUGUUUCAGUAAUUUAAAGUAUUUUAAGCUAUAUAUUUUGACAUCCGAAUAUUUUGUUCAUUUGGUACUUAAAGCUAGACUAUUCUAAAGACUCAAAAUGUGUCUCAUAAACCAAAUCUAGGACAUUUGUAGUUGUUAAAACACUUAAUUUUAACAAACAUGUAUUCAUGUCGGUUAUCUUUAUUCGGGUAGAUAGAUAUCUAUACUUGAACAAAAUAAUCUUAACUGUUUGAUGUUUCUAUGGUAAGUUUUUCUAGAUUAUUUUUCUCAAAUCAUCGCCCAUACUGUGCAAUAAAUUAGUAUCAUAUCUAACUAAUGCAAUGCCUGUCAUUUGGGUGAAAAGUCUUGGAUUUGAAUAUGAUUGAUCAUUUUGAAGGCUUCACACUGGAUAAAUCGGUGUGCCGGUGAUCAUUUCUAAUAUUUAUAUAUCGUUGUUCCAUUUUUCAAAUUCUGUUCCAUUUCUAUAUUUCUUCAUUUAUAUAAAUGUAUAAUAUCGAUAAAAACUAUGCAGUUUUAUAUUAACUAUGCAUUACAAGUUUGAUAAUGUAUUGAUGAUAUGCAAUCAAAGGACUUUCGAUCAGAUGUAUAUAACCAGAUAAGAGCGUGUGUAAUGGAAAUUUUGAUAUCUUAUGCAUCGAGCUUCAUUUAUGUUUACCAGUGUUACUGAAUUAAAUUCUGAAGGCAUUUCCA